GUGCGUAAAACUCCCUGCACAAGGAUCCAUAUCAGAUAAUUGCUGUUUUUUUUCCUUCAGUUUAUUUAGUUUAUUUUCAUUGAACUGAAGUUGACUCAGAAUCAUGCCUUUCGGAAAGUUGAGUAAAAUCCUCCGGAUUGAUACUAAAAAGAAAGUCAAGCAGUACGAGCACGUCCACCGGGACAUCAACCCCAAUGACAUUUGGGAGAUAGUUGGAGAGCUGGGCGAUGGAGCGUUUGGAAAAGUCUACAAGGCCAAGCACAAGGAGACUGGCGCUCUGGCUGCAGCCAAAGUGAUCGAAACAAAAUGUGAUGAGGAGCUGGAGGACUACAUUGUUGAGAUCGACAUCCUGGCUAAAUGCAACCAUCCCUACAUUGUCAAGCUGCUCGACGCUUUUUAUCAUGAAAACAAGCUCUGGAUCAUGAUUGAGUUCUGCGCUGGAGGUGCAGUGGAUGCCAAUAUGCUAGAGCUGGAUCGAGGGCUAACAGAGCCACAGAUUAAAGUGGUUUGUCGGCAGAUGCUGGAGGCUCUGGUUUACCUCCACAACCAAAAGAUCAUUCACAGAGACCUGAAGGCUGGUAACAUCCUCCUCACGCUGGAUGGAGACAUAAAACUUGCUGAUUUUGGUGUGUCUGCAAAAAAUAACAGAACCCUGCAAAGAAGAGAUACUUUUAUUGGAACCCCAUACUGGAUGGCUCCAGAGGUGGUGAUGUGUGAGACAACAAAGGAUGCUCCGUAUGAUUACAARGCUGACAUCUGGUCUUUAGGAAUUACUCUGAUUGAGCUUGCACAGAUCGAGCCCCCACACCAUGAACUCAACCCCAUGAGGGUCCUCCUGAAGAUCGCAAAGUCUGAACCUCCCACCCUGGAACAGCCAUACAAAUGGUCAAAGGAUUUUAACGAUUUCUUGAGGAAAGCUUUGGACAGAAACCCAGAAACUCGUCCAACUGCAUCACAACUCUUAGAGCACCCUUUUGUGAAAACGGCGACGUCGAACCGUCCUCUGUUGGAGCUGGUGGCUGAGGCCAAUGCUGAGGUCAUGGAGGAAAUUGAAGACAAUAGAGAGGAAGGAGAGGACGACGACAUCAUGGAGCUCACUGAGUCUCCAGACAAGGAGCCAUGUCAUCGAAGUCAGACCAGUUUGGAGGGAGACCAGUCCCCAGAYAUCUCAAGCCCCACCACACCCUGCUCAACUUCCCCGACGCCUUUCCCCAGGAGAGGGGCUCAGUCAGAGUCACCCCCAGAUGACCAUCUACACUCAGUCAUGGGACUUCCUGGUUCUCCGUCACGCCAAAUUCACUUUCAAGGAGAUUCAGAGGAGGUGGGCGACAGGCUGAUUGAUGAGGGUGUUCUUGAGGUGGAGAAAUCUGAGAGUGAAGCUUCGACUAAGACUUUCAGUUCAGAUUCAGGUAUUGAAGAUGGGAAGACUACCCCAACACUGGAGGACGAAAAGUUUGUUGUAGAGACUCCAGAAGCUACUAAAAGGUCACAAUCUCUCCCUGAAAGUGAGAAGUCAAAAYGUGUUAGUGCCACCAUAGAUCAUUUGACAGAGGAUGAAAGCAACUCUGGGAGUCAAAUGGAAUGGCCGUCUCCAAACUCGAGUCGUUCUGUCACUCCCGCGCCUACUCCCACGCCSUCCUUCGCUACCACACCAGUACCCRUGGCCAGACGGGGCCCAAAUGACAACAAAAGUAAGGGCACUGCGGAGCGAGCAUCARUGGAAGGAAACUCUGGGUCCAACUCGCCUCUUCUGAAUGGAAGGAGUAACAACAAAGUGUACAAGCAYACAGGCAGCCUUGCAUCAGAGCUAAUGGCACUCAGCACAGAGCCCGUCUCCGUGUCUGCAAGGGCCUUUUCCAGUAAGACUCUAAAGCGGACGAGGAAGUUUGUCGUUGAUGGCGUGGAAGUGAGUGUGACCACCUCCAAAAUCAUUCGGGAUGAUGAGAAGAAAGAUGAGGAGAUGAGAUUUCUGAGACGGCAGGAGCUGCGGGAGCUUCGUCUGCUGCAGAAGGAAGAGCAACGAAAUCAGGCUGAUCUGCACGCCAAACUGGAAUCCCAGAAAGAACAAAUGCUGAAACGCUUCGAUCAGGAAAUGAAUGCCAAAAAGAAGCAGCAUGAUACGGAGCUAGAAAACAUGGAGAAGACCCAUAAGCAGACUAUUGAGAAAAUGGAGGCAGACCACAACGUUAAACUCAAGGAAGAGACCAAGCGCAUCAAGGCCGAGCAGGAGAGAGACUACCAUAAGUUCCUGGAGCAGUUAAAACAUAAGAAGAAAGAGGUGAAACAGUCAGUUGAUAAGUUGCCGCGAAACCAACGGAAAGAGACCAUGAAACAGAUGAUGUUGACUUUUCAAGAAGACAAGUCAAAACAGGAGGAGACAUUUUUAGCAGCUCAGAGGGAUUACCUGAACACAACACUGAAAAAUAUGAUUGCAAACAACAAGAGAGACAUCGCAGAAAUGGAGAGGGAUUGCCUCAACAAGAAGCAAGAAUUCAUCAGAGCACGUGAGUCUGCAUCAUGGAGCAUGGAGGAGAACCAUCUUUAUGAGAAGCACCAGUUAAUGAAGCAGCAAUUGAAGGAUCAGUACUUCCUGCAGAGACAUUUACUUCUAAAGAAGCAUGAGAAGGAAACCGAACAGAUGCAGCGCUACAAUCAGCGAAUGAUCGAGAUCCUGAAAUCUCGGCAGCAGCAGGAGAAGAACCGACUGCCUAAGAUUCAGCGCAGUGAGGCAAAGACUCGCUUAGCCAUGUUCAAGAAGAGCCUCCAUAUCAACUCAACAGGGAACUCCUCAGAUGACAAAAAGAAAAUCAAAGAGUUUUCUCUGCAGGAGGAAAAGCGGCAAAAGGCAGAAAGACAGUUUCAACUGCAAAAGCAUGAAAACCAGAUGCGAGAGCUGAUUGGUCAGUGUGAAGGCAACAUCAGAGAGCUGAAGCAGAUGCAGAAUGAAAAAUGUCACAUGCUGGUUGAGAAUGAGACUCAGAGGCUCAAACAUUUGGAUGAGCAACACAACCAGCUGAUGAAGGAGUGGAAGGACGAGCUGAGGAUCCGAAAGAAGGCUAUUGAAUACGAGCUUGAUGUUAAGAAAAAAGACCAGGAGGCUUUCUUCAGGAUGAGUGAGAGUUGUGACUGUUCGGACCCCAGCUCUACUCAGAGACUCUCCAAGUUUGUGCCUUACUUUGACUCCUCCACCAUAUGAACACAAAUACUGCAGUGAUGCACAGUAUUUACUUCCCACAACACACACACACACACACACAGGCAUGUGUGUUCUAGAUGCCUGCUGCCUCCAUUAUUUGUUUUCUCUGUAUUGACAGAACUCCUGUUGGAUUUCUACAUAAUUAGUGAAUAUUUAUGUUUUAACUUAUGUUUGAAAGCUUCUCUUUAAAAUAAUAGGAUUGCUAAUUUUCUGCUCCCGUUCUGCUCCUGAAUGCAUCAUUUCUCCCUUUUUAAAUCUGCUUCUUCAUGCCCUCGAGGUAUGCAUGUGGAUGAUAGGAAGCAGUUAUUUGUUUAGAAAAUCAAACCAUGCCAAAUUUAUGUUUCAGUGUGUAUUUAGGAAACAUCUGCAUUAUAGUUAGAAUGAUGCACAACCAGGACAAAAACUAUUGAGUGCUGUUAAACUAGCAAUGAAUCACUUUUUGUUUACUCCAAACAUGAUUUACUGACUCCCCCCUCAUUCUUGUUUGGUUUGACUCAUUUUAUCCAUAAACUCUGAUGAMUGUUACAUAGCUGCCAAAUUAUUUAUUAAUUACACAUUUAAAACAUUCAGAAAGAGGCUGYACAUCUUUUAAUUAAGUCAAAUAUUUCUUUGUCUAGUAUGAAGGAUGGGCUUUUAGUUUUUCUAUUUCUUUUUGAAGAAGGUUAAAUCCAAAACUAGAAUUUAAGAUAUUUCGUAAUAAAUAUUUUUGCUUCUCUUAUUUUAUCGAACAAGGGAAUUUUCUGUCAUGCAGAUGUUUUUUUUUUUCUUUUUUACUGUAUAAUCAGUUACACUGGAUGGGAACUGACAAAGCCAAAGCAUAAUACUGUUUAUGUUGUACGAGUGAUUAAAAAACUAUUAAGUGUACCAUUAUUAUAUCAAGUGCAGUAAAUAACUGCUUGUUAACUAAAGUGCAAUAUUCUAUGUGUCUUCUAGGUUUACAGAGGUUUUGUUUUCUUAAAGGUUGCUUUCCUUUGCACUGAGAGAGAAAAUGAUAUAAAAAAUUCAAUAAAAUAAAUUUAAAAAAUGUGACAUUUAACAAAGAAUCAUACUUUAAAUACAAUUUAGAAUUUUUGUUCCUUCAAAACUAAUAAUUUGUGGGCUUUUUUUCCAAUAUUGUAUUUGAACCAAAGGUCUACGUCUUUUUAGUGUUGUGCAACUAUUCAGUUUGCUGUUUAAUCCUCUACUGAAACUUGUUCCCACGUGGAGAGAAAGUAGUUUAGAGCAGUUUGGCCUGAAGACGUGCAUCAAAACUGGUACAGCUUAGUGUCUCACUUGUUUUCUGAAGAGUAUUUAAUUUAAAUAAGGAACAUCUCUUUUUUUUGUCAUGUUUAAGGCUUUAUGUCUUCCUCUGUGCCUCAGUUUACGUAAUGUUUGUGUGGAGGGGGUAUGAGUGUGAAUGAAUUUGUAUCAGAAGGAACCACUGAUGUAAAUAGCUUCAAUAAAAGGCCUUUUUUUCUAA